AUGGCGCUUUGUUUCUACGGCAACCGGGUCGUCGCCUUGGGCAGCCUCCUGUCUCUUCUGCUGCUCGUCGCCGCCGCCGUGGUGGAGGACGAGCGGGUUCACUCAACCGGAGGCCCCGCCGUGGAGAACCUGUCGGCGGCUGCCGAGGAAGAGGAGUCGUGGACUACCUGGGCCAAGGAGAAGCUCGCCGGGGGCCUCGGCCUGAAGCAACCUCAGCCCGAGGACGCCACCCACCAGACCACCUCCGGUAAUCUCUCUCUCUCUCUCCCUAACCUCUCUCUUUCUCUCUCUCUGUGACUGGAACUGCUUGCAGGGGUGGGGAAGUACGGGGCGGAGAAGGCGGAGUCGACGAAGGAGGCGGCGAAAGAAGCCGUCGGGGCGGCGAAGGAGAAGGCGGAGGAGGCAGCAGCCGGUAAGGCUUAGAAACAUGUCUCGAGGUCGGAGGAGAUUUGCAGAUGUCCGAAGAAAAAUUCCUAAUUUUGACAGGCGCGGCGAGUUACACUGCAGAGAAGGCAACUCAGGCGAGGGAGGCGGCAAUGGAGAAGGCUGGGCAGGCGAAGGAGGCGGCAAUGGAGAAGGCAGGGGCGGCGAAGGAGGCCGCCGUGGAAAAAGCAGCAGCGGCGAAGGAGGCUGCGGAGAGGGCCGCCGGCGCGGGGAAGGAGCCCGCCGAGAAGGCGAAGGAGGGGUACGAAGGCGCUAAGAGCGAGGCCGAGAAGAAGGCGGAGGAGGCGGCGGAGGCCGUGAAGGAGCGCACCGCCGGCCGCCCCCGCGAAGAAGAGCUCUAA